AUGACGCAUCGCGCUGACGCCUCAUCCUCCCUAGACAAUCGAGGCUACACUGGCCCUCUGAUCCGCGGUGCAAACCCCAUAACCUUGAUCGAGACGGCUGUCCGCGACCGCAUCACCGAGUCUCUCUACUGGAAAGAACAAUGUUUCGGCCUCAAUGCAGCUACCUUGCUCGAUCGUGCCGUCGAUCUCAGCUACAUCGGCGGCACCUACGGCGUUGGGAUGCGCCCAACACCAUUUCUCUGUCUGGCCUUCAAGCUACUCACACUCACCCCUGAAAAAGAGAUUGUGCUGGAGUACCUGAACAUGGGCGGUGAAGAGUGGAAAUAUUUGCGCGCCCUUGCUGCAUUCUAUGUGCGCUUAACUUUCGAACCCGUGGAUAUUUAUACAACGCUUGAACCCUUCUUGACCGAUGCUCGCAAGUUGAGGCGAAGACGCAAGGAAGGUUAUGUGCUGGUGCACAUGGAUGAAUUCAUCGACGAGCUUUUGACGAAGGAUAGGAGCUGCGCUACGAGCUUAUGGAAGUUGCCCGGGAGGCAGCAGUUGGAGGAUCUGGAUAUGCUGGAGGAAAGGGUGAGUCCGCUCCAAGCGGAGCUGGAUGAAAUGGAGCAAGAUGAGGAUGGAGACCCACACAAUGGCAGUGAAGGCGGGGCCAGUCCCGUUGUAAGGAGUUCGAGUAGCGAAGGUUGA